AUUGUGAAUGAAUUUUUCGUUUUAAUUGUGAAUUCUCGGUUGCUGCAUCAACUUGGCGAGGAAUUGCAAAUUGCGGCGGGAAUAUGAGCUCUACCAUGUCACCAGCAUCUACCAAUUCCCUGAAUAGCAAACGGUGGCAUAGCAUGCGGCAUAUCUUGGAAAGGGCUGGUCCUUUUUGUAAGGCUGACUUUGCGCCAUCGCCCGAUAAUUUGGAAUUUUUGCAAAAUACUUGUAAAAUAUUGGUCAUUGGGGCCGGUGGUUUGGGCUGCGAAUUGCUCAAGGACUUGGCCUUGAUGGGCUUUGGCGACAUACAUGUCAUCGAUAUGGACACCAUUGAAUUGUCCAAUUUGAAUCGCCAGUUUUUGUUUCGUCGCAACGAUAUUGGCUCCUCCAAGGCUGAAUGUGCUGCGAAUUUCAUCAAUAAACGCAUUCCAACGUGUCAUGUAACACCCCAUUGUGCCAAGAUUCAAGACUUCGAUGAAUCAUUCUAUCAACAGUUCCAUAUAAUUGUUUGCGGUCUAGAUUCCAUUGUGGCCCGGAGAUGGAUAAAUGGCAUGCUGAUUUCCAGUCUGCGCUACAACGAAGAAGAUGGCAGUGUUGAUCCGUCCAGUAUCACACCCAUGAUUGAUGGUGGCACUGAGGGUUUUAAGGGUAAUGCACGUGUCAUCUUGCCCGGCCUUACGGCAUGCAUUGAAUGCACAUUGGAUUUGUUUCCGCCACAGGUAAACUAUCCGCUGUGCACCAUUGCCAAUACACCACGUUUGCCGGAACAUUGUAUUGAGUAUGUAAAGAUUAUACAAUGGGAUAAGGAGAAUCCAUUCAAUUGUUCGCUGGAUGGCGAUGAUCCUCAGCACAUUGCCUGGGUGUAUGAGCGAGCUUUGGAGCGAGCGACGCAAUAUAACAUUACGGGUGUUACAUAUCGUCUCGUGCAGGGUGUAAUUAAACAUAUUAUCCCGGCAGUGGCUAGUACCAAUGCUGUUAUUGCUGCCGCCUGCGCCACGGAAGUUUUCAAGCUGGCCACCAGUUGUUACGACAGCAUGUGCAAUUAUAUGAAUUUCAAUGAUAUCGAUGGCAUUUAUACGUACACCUAUGCUGCGGAAAAGUCGGAAAAUUGUUUGGCCUGUAGCAAUAUUCCACAGGUGGUGAAUAUUGAGGAUCCAAAUACCACAACCUUGGAGGAUUUGAUAAAGAUUCUAUGUGAAAAUCCACGCUUUCAAAUGAAGCAGCCGGGUAUCACAACUGUGAUUGAUGGUAAAAAUAAAACACUCUAUAUGUCCACGGUAAAAAGUAUCGAAGAACGUACACGGGCCAAUCUCACACAGUCGUUGGGUGAAUUGGGUCUCAAGGAUGGCCAGCAGAUCAAUGUGGCCGAUCAGACCUCACCGAAUACCAUAGUUUUACAAUUGAAAUACAAUGGCAAUGAGGUGGAAAUGGACUAAAGAAAAUAAAUUUGAAAAUUAACUAAAAACAAAUUGAAAUAAAAAAGGAAUUA